UAAAACCACCGACCGAUGUCUAAAGGAGCACAGUUCUCGCUGAUACUUGUCGUGAGUCACAACGUGCUUUUCUUGCUAAUCAAUAAUUUGUGUAUGAUGAAGGUACUCGUAGUGAUUAUUGCUCUGUGCUCUUUAAUCGCAGUAGCACUUGCUGGGCAAAGCGUCCUGUUAAACGCAACUCAUCCAGAUCAUCCGGGCAAGUGCUACGAUUCUUCCUCGGAUAUUGAGUUCAAUCCUGAUGAAACAAAAUCGAUUCCCGGCACCUGUACCGAGGCUUUCUGCUCCAAGGAUUUCUCCCUGACUUACACGAGCUGCAUUGUGUAUACACUAGACGACCCAAACUGCGAAAAGAUAGAACAGGAUUUAAGCAAGGACUACCCAGAAUGCUGCAAAAAAUAUAAAUGCGUACACGAUGGAAAAGUUUCUUAUCAUUGAUCAUU